UGGGCACUUCUCAUUCACCAAUUCGAAGAUCAUGAGAUCGACAGGGACUUGGGUCUUCUUGGCCUCGCUGGUCUCGCUUGCCGUUAUCGCCGAGGCUCGUCCAGGGUGCGGUGAUCCGCCUCCAAACUGCGGUAGUCCGAUAUCUGUCGUUUCUUCUGCGCCACAAAUCGUCACCUAUGGAGAUCCCUGUUUCUGCAAGGAGUCGCUUCCGUACUCUAUACAGGUCCCGCAAAUGCCAUCGCCCCCCCCGGAAAAAUUGAUGACCUAUGGAUACUCAAUAAUAGAUACACCUAGGGAGUGCCCCACUCGCCUCCAUGUGCCUGUCAAAAUUCAAACACCGAUCAUCGAAAAACCUUGCGAUAAUCUAUGUGGCAGCACCUAUGAUAUAACGGUUCAACACCAACCUCGGCGUAAUCCAAGACCUUUGUACACCUUUGAUGCUGCUGUCCAAAGAGCAGUGACUGUCCAGAAACAAGAAUGCCAGCCGUGUCUGUCUCUAUCGUUCCAAGCUCCCGUUGAACACUGUCAGCCGCUACUUGGUGAGCUUCCAAUGGCUUUUGAAACCCCAGUACAGGCACCUCCUGUAAAAAUGCUCACUGGCUUAACCGCCACAGUGGACAGGGUGUUGGUUCCUGCUUGUGAAUUCGGUGGCUGCCCCGACUGCAAUGAUGUACGGUACUGAAAUUGCCUUCGAUGAAAGUUUCACCUUUCAAAUGAAAAUAUGUUUACGAUAUCACAAUUUUUAAUUAAGAACGCGUCGUUCCGACCGGGAAUCACGGUGUAUUGAGCUUGUGGGUAAUAUAUUUGAGCCUAAUGAGUGAAAAGAACUAGUCAUUUUGCAAAUGACUGUACAAGUACAUACAUAAAUAAAUUUCUAUUCAAGUA